AUGGAUCUCCUGUCUCAGGAGCCGUUGUUUUCAACGGAUCCAAGCACUGUCGGGUUUGACAAGUCAGCUGGCAAAAGAUACAUUUAUCCUGAGAACUACCCAGUGCGGGAGUACCAAUUUUCAAUUGUAAAAACAGCGUUAUUUCAAAACACCCUGGUGUGCUUGCCAACUGGAUUGGGUAAGACAUUCAUUGCUGCAGUAGUGAUGUACAAUUUUUGGCGCUGGUACCCUCGAGGUAUAAUUGUAUUCUUGGCACCCACGAAACCUCUGGUGGCGCAGCAGAUUGAAGCGUGCCAUGACAUCAUGGGAAUUCCCAUCAGCCAGACAAUACAAUUGACAGGUGUGAUUCAUCAAAAGGAACGUAAGGUUGCUUGGCACGAAAGACGUGUGAUAUUCGCGACACCCCAAACUUUUCAGUAUGAUUUGGCAAAAGAUAUAAUCCCUAAAGAAUUGGUCAAGUGUGUGAUAAUCGAUGAGGCACAUCGUGCCCUAGGUAAGCACGCUUACUGCGAGUGUGUACGUUUACUUAAUGAAAAAAAUGAAUAUUAUAGACUCGUAGCUCUUUCAGCAACACCUGGAAGCAAAUUAGAAGCAGUACAAGAAGUAAUUCGUAAUCUUCACAUCUCGCGUUUAGAAUUGAGAGAUGAUUCUUCGCCAGAUAUUCUACCGUACAUCAAUCAGAAAAAUAUGCAGAUCGUUGAGGUCGGCAUGAAUGACGAUUUCAAACGUUUUUAUGAUAGAUACAUGAAUAUAAUGGAUCCGGUGUAUCGAGUUUUACUUAAAAAUAAUAUUAUUAAAAUGGAUAUUUCGUCAUUAAGCAAAGGGAAAAUGUUUUACAUACGCAAUGAUCUUCAAAAGAACAGAAACAAGAGGUUCAAUUAUGGUGAGUUGUACAAUACGAUAAACAUUUUGUCAACGAUGGUCUAUGCCAAGGAUUUGAUGAUUUAUCAUGGGCUGAGAACGUUUCAUAAAUUCUAUCAAAAUCACUCAGAUAAACCCUGGAUUAAUGACAAACCUGAGUUACAGGAUUUAUUGGAAGAAGUUGGUCAUUACCUUGGUGAAUUUCCAAAUAUACAAGCAUUGAUGGAGGGUAAUGAUAAGGCAUUCGCUGAUAUGAAUAUCGUGUACGGUCAUCGUAAAUACGAAAGGUUGCAAGAAAUACUCACCGAAUAUUUCACUGACGCUCAGAAGAAUAAUAUCAGUACGCGAGUUAUUGUUUUUUCAGAAUUUAGAGAGUCAGUUAGCGAAAUUUAUGUCUCGUUGUAUAAAUUACAGCCGCUGAUAAGGCCACAAAUAUUUGUCGGUCAGGCUCAUUUAAUGAAGCAAGCACAGCAGAAACGAGCGAUUGAAGAUUUUCGCAAUAACAAAGUGAAUGUUUUAAUUUCUACAUCCGUAGGUGAAGAAGGUUUGGAUGUUGGAGAAGUUGACUUGAUCGUUUGUUUCGAUACUACUGGAAAAACACCCACGCGUUUGGUCCAAAGAAUUGGUCGAACUGGAAGGAAACGUGAUGGUCGGGUCAUUGUUCUUGUCACAGACUCUAAAGAACACCAAACGUUGAAGUCUGCUUUGAUAUCCAAGGAUAAUCUCAACACUAAAGUUUUACAGUCGAAACAAAUCAGAGAGGUAUUGAACGACAACUCUCCGCGGAUGAUUCCUGAUGACUUGGAUCCAGAGUGCUGCAGAAUGAAAAUGACUGUGAUACCAGUGACACCGCGAGCUAGGUCUAAAAAGAAAUCCACCGAUACGAAGAAGAAUAAAACGCAGCUUAAACGAAAGUACACGAAAAAGAAAUUGAAAGACAAUUUCGAGGAUCAAGUCGAGAUGGAUAUAGAUGUUGAUGAAUCGAUAAGUACAGUCAAUAAACCACGUACCAAAAAAGGGAAACAGUCAUCACUGAUGAAUUUUUUUCAAAACUCAAACGCUUCUCAUUGUAGGGACAGUAGUAUGCAAGAUGACGAAGUUGUUUGUAUGCGAGUUGAAGAAGUACCGCGAAUAAUACCGACAAUCAUCAGCAAAUUGAGUACCAAUGCUGUAAGAAUAAAACCCAUAGAUGCUAAAAUUUUGUCCUCGGAUCUUGAAGCUUCGAAUUUUCUCACGCUGUGCGCGAUGAAAGAGUCGGAAAAAGUUUUGAAGAAGCAAACUAGAGUCUUGAACUUUACAUUCAUGCCUAAUUUCAUGAAUUGUGAAGAAGAUAUAUUAGAAAACUUAAAAAUACCGUCCUUUAGAAUUCUAGAUUGUAUUUUAUCGUUAACGGAAUAUGUACAGCCAGCUGAGGAAAAGGGUGAUGAGUUUUCUGAGUUUUUCAAUGACGACAUGGAUAACUGGGAUAAUGAUUUCGUUGAUUACAAUCAAGAUCGUGAUAGUCAGGCUGAUUAUAAAUACGGAAAUCGAAGUAAUUACCAAAAUAAAAGUGAUAGCAGUAAGCAAAAUGAGUUAUUUCUUCAGAAAAGUAAAUUUGAAGCGUUGCUGGACGACUCUACCGACGAAGAGGACUUGUAUGGACCGGAUGAAGUUCUUCCGGCUCAUGAAAGGAUCAAUUUGACUGACUUUCUUGAUGUCACGAAUAAAAAUGAUCAAAGUUCCAAAGAGGGUACCUUAAACAAGAGUUCUGUUGUGACAGGUGGAGCAUUUGAGGAUUUACUGAAUACUUCUUCAGAUGAGAGUGUUGAGAUUAUUGAAAAUUUUGAAAAGUGUGAGAAUAAUUUAAAUUCAACUAGGCAAGCAACUAAUGUUCUGAUUGAUGUACGUGAAUCGUAUAUUGUACCUGCGAUAAAUAAUUAUGAGGCUGAUACGGUGUUAAUCGAUAAAAUAGAAACCGACACUAUUCCGAUUAGUGAUUUUGAAGAAGAUACUCGGGUAGUUGAUUUAGAACCUGAGCUACAAAUAAUAAAUAAUGUAGAACCUGAAACAGCAUUAGUAUUUAAUUUAAAAACAGAUACGGAGAGAGUAAAUAAUUUAAAUAGAGAUACAGAGCGGGUAAAUAAUUCAGAAGCAGAUACAGUAUUGGUAAAUAAUUUAGAACCAGAUACAGUAUUAGUAAAUAAUUUAGAAGCAGACACUCUUCCUGUGACUGACUCUGAUACGUUAAUAAUAAGUAAACCCAAUCUAAUACAACCUAUUAAAAGUCAAAAUACAAAUAAUAUAGAAAUUUCAAGUCAAGUUUUAACUUCAAGUCAAGAUAAUUUUGAUAACAUUGAUUUCGAUAGUGAUUUUGGUUCUUGGGAAAAAAAAGUUUUUCAAAAAAAUAUUAAAUCACAAGAUAAAAAUAUCAAAAUUUCACCUGUAAAAAAACCGGAAAAUGUUUUGAAUGGUGUUAGAAGCUCAAAUCUAGUCAAGAAUUCACAAAGCUCAAUAGAUAAUAUUAAAAAACCUACGAUGAAUAAACUAAUAAAAAUGACUAAUGAAGAAAAAAGUGAAAAUAAAAAAGAUGAUUGUCAUUCACCUGAUUUAGUGAAGAGUUCAAGCCACCGUAGGUCAAAUCAGUCAAAAUUUAAUCGUACACUUGACUUUUCAAAUAAAAAGUCAUUGGAAGUGGUGGGCGAGUCUUAUGAAAAAAUUCAUUGUACUACGCUUUCAGAUGAUGACAUUUUUGAUUGUGAAAGUUUGGUCGCUGAUUCGGAUCUCGAGGAACAAUUACGUGAUGUCGAAAAGUUAAAUUCGGAUAAAAAGAGCGAGAAUAAUACAGGGAAAGAUAGUGAGAAUAAAGUUAAUCAACUGAAAGAAUUGGAUAAUUUGAAGAGUAUUUUGCCAUUGAGUUGUUCUAGUCCUGUGCAAUUGAAAAAAAAUGACAGGAAUUUGUCAUUAGAGCCUAUUACUGUAGAUACCAAUUUAAUAGAAACGUAUGUUAAUGAUUGUGAUUGGGACAGUGAUUUUGAGACAUCGUCUGCACCGAUUACAGAGUGUAAAUACUUCGGAAGUAAUCCAUCAACUAUUUCUACAACUUCUGCUACAACGAGUAAGCAAUCAACGUCAAUUGCAGAUAAAAUUUGUUUGCAGAAAAAUCAAAAAGAAAAUAAUCCAAAUUGGUUGUCGACAAAAACGGCUGAGAAAAAAACAAUCCAACAAGGAAACUCAGUAAAAUCGAAAAAGCCGCAAAAGAAUUGUCUUCCCAUCCUAACUUUUAAUCCUAAAUCCAGAAGAAAGGAUUCUUCGGACUCGGACAGUGAUUUUGCACCAACGAAGAUUGUUAAAAAUGUUUUCCAGAGCCGCUUAAGUGUAGGCAAUGGCCGAACUUAUGAUUCUCCUCCAAAAAAUAAUGCUAAAGCUGAUUCAUUUCUUCCAAAAGUCAAUAGUCCAAAGUCAUUAUCUACGUCAAACUUGAAUAAGUUUGCUGCAACUUCCAAAGUUGUUUCAAAGUUAUCAUCGUCUAAACCAGGUGUACAGUCAACUUCUUCAUGGAUUGCAACAAAAAAGUCUACCUCACUUGAUAGUUUUCCAAAAAAACAGAAGUUGAAAGAACAUCAUCGGAAGAAGCGGAGAAGAAAAAAUAAUUUUAUUGAUGACGAAGCUGACGUAUCUUCAGAUGAAAAUCAUUCAUCAGGAUACUCUGAAGAUGAUGAUGAUGGCGCAGAUCUUCAGGAUUUCGUCAGUUAUACUCAGUACCAUGACAAUUCUGUUGACAUGAAAGCUCACUAUCUCCAGAGUGUACGGAGUCCGCGCAGACCCGGUAAAUUUAUAAUCAAACAACCUAAACCAGUUUCUCCUGAAGUACAAAUUUAUUCUCAAAUCAUCCCUGAUGAACCUAACUCGUAUCUUUAUGAUUCGUUUUGUGUAGAAGAUGGCGAUGAAGCUCUAAAUGAACUUUCUUCUGAAGAAAUAACGGUAAUCGAAGAAGUUGGAUUAAAUAAAAAUACAUCAAGGAAUAGAAAAAGAAAACGUGAUGUCUCAGAAGAUACUCGUUCUAAGCGUAAAAGGAUAAUAAUUGAUUCUGAUAGCAGCGAUGAUGACAUUGAAGUACUACGCGCUCAAAUUGCUGAUGAAUCAAUUUUGUUAAAAAAUAAGAUGUCAUAA